UUGACAAGUUUCUCACUUUCAUAGACUUUCGUUUGUAAACUAAAACUUUCCUGGCUUUCGUGAACGUUGAAUUAAAAGAUAAAAAGACUUAUAGGUUGAAUUCCUAUUUAUUUGAAAUCCCAUGAAACAUGAAAUUGUAUAAUGUGCACUCGCCUAACUACAUCGUGUAAUUGUCAAAAUUAGUUGGUUUCAGGUGAAUUUAUUUAAAAAUGCCGCAAAAAUUAGAAAACGGGAACAUGGAUCUACCAGAUAUUACAGAAGUUCUAGAAGAGACAAAACAGGUAAUUCAGAAAUGUUUUACACAGUUUCAAUUAGAUGAAGUAUUUUUUUCCUUCAACGGUGGGAAAGAUUGCACAGUGUUAUUGGAUGUUACAAUUGAUGUAUUAAAAAGUAUGUAUAAGAGAGAAGACGUAGGAAAAGAUCUGAAAGUAAUAUAUAUAAGAACGACAGGACCAUUUAAAGAAUUAGAGAAAUUCGUAGAAGAAAUAGAGGGUCAUUAUAAAAUUAAACUCAUAGUAGCAGAAGGUGAUAUGAAGGAAGUGCUACGAAGAAUAAUAGAAAGCGAUAAGAAUUUAAAAGCUUGUCUAAUGGGCACGAGACGGACAGAUCCAUACAGCGAACAUUUGAAAUUUAUGCAGCAAACAGAUGAUGACUGGCCGCAAUUCCUACGAGUGUCGCCCCUCUUGAACUGGACUUACCAUCAGAUAUGGAGCUACAUACUACAGCGACGCGUGCCUUACUGCAGCCUCUAUGAUAAAGGUUACACGUCAAUAGGCAGUACAUCAAACACGUGGCCUAACCAGGCACUAGCGUAUAGUGAGAAUGGGGUGGUGUCGUACCGGCCCGCGUGGCAACUGCGUGACGCUACGCUCGAGCGUGCGGGACGCGGCAAGCAUUACGCGAACGGACACGCACACGCACAUGCGCACGCGCACGAUGACAUACAGGCGAACUUAUAACGUACGUAGCUAGGGAAAAAAUACAAGUGAUGUAAAGUGUACUUAUUGUGAGUGUAUUCUGAGUUCACAGUGAUCUUGUAGAAGAAAUAUAGUGCGGAUUUUUAAAAAAAAUUAUGUUCUUUAAGC